UCUGGUGCUCGCAUCAGUUCGCCCGACAGGUCAAGCGAGUUUUUUUUAGUGUGUUUGUCUGUCUGUACGUACUCAAAUUACAUUGGUCAGGAAAGUAGGAGGACCGUGCAGUCAGACUGCACAAGUACUGUCCAGCAUCUCACUACGAAUCUCGACGCGGAGUACUCUAUGUUGUCGUUUUCUUUCUAGUAGGCUGUGACCUUUUUUAGAGCAGACAAAAUGCACGCCGUGUUCUGGGGAGAGACGCGGGCCAUGUCCAGGCGUGCCGGCAGCGCGCGUUCAACGACGCACUCGCAUUAAACCCUCCAGCUUCACUCGCUUCUUUCACAUUUAUGAUCGGACUGCGCGAAGCGAGAGCUGGUCCUGACGCCGACAUGGAGACACCCGAAGCCCGCACGGAGGGCUGUUUUCACCGCAGCUUCUCGGCCCUGACGGUGGACGACGUGUAUGAAAUCGCCAAACUGAUCGGCACCGACGUGGAGAGAAUUAUCGACGGUUGCGGCAAAGAGUGCGCCGUGGGUCUGGUGCCGAAAAUAGUGAAAGUGCUCGAGCUGCUGGAGAACUUCGCCUCGCGGAACCAUGCUCACAAAGUGAGGGAAGAGGAGCUGCUGAAGACCUUCGAGACCAUGCAGCUGCAGCAGCAGAAGAAACGCGCGGCGAAAGAGGGCGACGAGGGCAACGAUACGAGCGAAAUACGGUGGGCUGUGGUCUUCCAUCAUCUGAAGCAGGAGCUGCAGCAGAAAGAGCAGCAGUGGAGACAGAGGUGUGAGGAGCUGGAGGCCCAGGUACGGCACCUCCAGGAGGAUCGAGAGGAGCUGCAGAGCAGACUAAAGGGCAGCCAUGCACAGGAAGACCGUGCCCAGAAGCAGGAGAGGGAGGUGAUGCUGAAGCUCAAGGAGGUGGUGGACAAGCAGAGAGAUGAGCUGAGGGCAAAAGGCCAGGAGAUAACCACCAUUUCCAAAGAGGGAGAGGCGCUCCAGGAGCAGUUGGAGCGCUUCAUGAAGAUGAACGCGGAGCUGCGACACAAGCAGAACGUGCUGCAGGCGCAGCUGAAGAGCACCGUGGAGAGGAAGGCCGACAUGGAGGCCGACCUGAAGGAGAAAACCAAAGAGAUAGAAAACCUCCAAACCCAGAUGGACAAAACCAACAGCAACAGCCCGUCCAGUUCGAGUCUGACGGCGCACAAGUCCAUGAAAAAGACAGCAAGUGACCAGAAGGAUCCCGACAGGCCGUGCUUCACCAAAAAGGAGGUGCGCGACAUCAUUUUUGAGAGGAACGAGCUCAAAACCAACCUUUUCCUGGUGCAGGAGGAGCUCAACUACUACCAGAGGGAGAUCCUGAAUGAAGAGCGCUGCCCAGGUUUCCUGUUAGAAGCCGUCCGCUCUGCCAUUAAAAAAAGGAGAAAGCUCAUUAAAGCCAAGAUGCUCGGCAUCGGGGUCAAUGACUACAGCAGCAGUGACGAGGAGGAGAGGGGUUCUCUGUUGGGGUCGACGCGAGUAGAUGGCUCCGAAGUUGACGGUGCUGACAAACCGGCCGAGUCACGCAUUCGUAAUCUCUUUGGCUUCCUGACGCGUUCAGGGAACGGCCGGAGCCCCGCCCACACGAGCAACUCCGCCUCCAGCUGGGAGAUCAUCGGAGACUCAGAGACCACCGAUGAGAAGGGACCGGGAACCCCGCCCAGCCCCCCUGAGCACUCUGCCCUGAGUUCACACUGAGGGGGAGGGAAAACCCUUCUUCCCCUCAGUCAGUCAAAACUUCUUCCUCAGCUUGUGACACAAAAUGUGGCAAAACAGGAAGAAAAAAAAAAAACAUGGACACUUGAACGAAGCC